CAGGAGGACAAGGACAGUGAGGAUGAGGAGGCCGAGGAGCCUGACAGCACCACAGAGACCCCCCCCAGCAACCCCGACCAGAAAUCCCACCAGAUCAUCAAGUUUGGGACCAACAUCGACCUCUCGGAUGCCAAGAGGUGGAAGCCUCAGCUGCAGGAGCUGCUCAAGCUGCCGGCCUUCAUGCGCGUGUCGUCCACGGGGAACAUGCUGAGCCAUGUGGGGCACACCAUCCUGGGCAUGAACACCGUGCAGCUCUACAUGAAGGUGCCGGGCAGCCGCACCCCCGGCCACCAGGAGAACAACAACUUCUGCUCGGUGAACAUCAACAUCGGGCCCGGAGACUGCGAGUGGUUCGCGGUGCACGAGCACUACUGGGAGACCAUCAGCGGCUUCUGCGACAGGCACGGCGUGGAUUACCUGACGGGCUCGUGGUGGCCGGUGCUGGAGGACCUGUACGGCUCCAACAUCCCCGUGUACCGCUUCGUCCAGCGCCCCGGGGACCUGGUGUGGAUCAACGCCGGCACCGUGCACUGGGUGCAGGCCACGGGGUGGUGCAACAACAUCGCCUGGAAUGUGGGGCCGCUGACAGCCUACCAGUACCAGCUGGCGCUGGAGCGCUACGAGUGGAACGAGGUGAAGAACGUGAAGUCCAUCGUGCCCAUGAUCCACGUGUCCUGGAACGUGGCGCGCACCGUGAAGAUCAGCGACCCCGACCUCUACAGCAUGAUCAAGUACUGCCUGUUGCAGUCCAUCAAGCACUGUCAGGUGCAGCGCGAGAGCCUGGUGCGAGCAGGGAAGAAGAUCACCUUCCAGGCGCGGGUGAAGGACGAGCCGGCCUAUUACUGCAACGAGUGCGACGUGGAGGUGUUCAACAUCCUGUUUGUGACCAGCGAGACGGGCGGGCGCAACACGUACCUGGUGCACUGCGAGGGCUGCGCGCGGCGCCGCAGUGGGGCCCUGCACGGGGUCGUGGUGCUCGAGCAGUACAAGACCGAGGAGCUCAUGAACAUCUACGACAGCUUCACCCUGGUGCCAUCACCCAGCUCCAGAUGAGCCCCGCCCCCCCCAUCGGGGGGGUCACGUGAUGAUGAUGAUGACGGGGGGGGGGGCGUCCCGUGCCCCUCCCCCCCAACCCCUCCCCCCUAAUGAACAUUGUUAUUUAUUCCCGGUGAUAUUGCCCCUCCCCCACCCCUCCACCCCCCCCCCCAUGUGGGGGGGGAGGGGCUCGGAUGUGGGGGGGGGAGGGGGGGUUGGGGGGCCCCUCCCCCCCCCCAGUUUUAUACACAAAUCCCCAUUUAUAGCAAUUUUUUAAGCCCCACCCCCCCGGCUGCCCCUCCCCCCACUGUGGGGGAUGGGGGGGGCCCCUCUGCUCCUCCCCCACUCUUGGGUGCCCCCCCCCCAUUACAAUGGGGGUCAGUGGAGAGGGGGGAGGGGCGGCCCUUUGCCAAGACACAACCAAAAACACGCCCCUCCCCCACCGCCGCCCCUCCCCCACCCCCAUCCGGGUCCUUUUCAGGGGGGCCCUCCCCACCCCCCCCCGGGCUAUGGGGGAUGGGGGGGAAGGGGGGGGCUCAGGUCUCAAUGGGGGGAGGGGGGGACCCCCAAACCAUGGUGCAA